UGGCACCAAUCUCAAAACUUCCCCUUCCAACUCCGCCAUGCAGGGUGUGAGGUGCGGAGAAGGCCGAUGAAGGUUGACUUCUCCUUGAAUUCCUAUCCCCAGUGGCCCCAUCCUUGUGAUUCGUGAAAAGCCCCGAAAGCCCACCGUGUUUGUAUUCUAAGACGUGUUCUGUAGCUUCAGCAUCUUGAGGCUUUCACGGAAAUAGAGCAUUUUUUUUUUCUUCUUUUUUUUAAGGCAAGGAGAGAAGCCGGGGAGAUGAGAUGCGGGUACGGGCCCAACUUUUCCUCUUUGCAGGUUUCCCCGGAGCGAGGGCAGGUGGCCGCUGCUGUCCAGGUGACCCUCCUCGGGGCGGCGGAGGGGGCCCGGACCUGGCGCGGCCGGGCGGAAGCACCUCUGCCAUUGGCCCAGCGGCGGCUUUUACCUGCGCGGAGCCCGGGGGCCCGAGCUCAAAGUCCGCGACAUCCUGCGGGAGAGGCAGCCGCCGUUGGCAGUGCAGGUGGGCCCCCGCCCUCGGCCAGGCAAGAUGCCCCUGGGGUUCCGGAGAAAGGUGAAAGCCAAGUCCAAGGAGGCCGCCCAGCUGGUGAAGGUCGAGCAGGUGGGCGCGGGCGGCGGCGGCCUCCCGGACCCCCCGCCUCCCACACGCAAGCUGGUUUUCUACACGCAGCUGGCCCACGGCAGCGCCACCGGCCGAGUGGAGAAUUUCACCUCCAUCCAGGAGCUCUACGCCAAGAUCGCGGGAGUGUUCGAGAUCUCGGCGUCUGAGAUCUUAUAUUGCACUUUAAACACACCUAAAGUUGAUAUGGAAAAUCUCUUAGGAUCGUAUGUAGGCCUUGAAGAUUUCAUAUUUGCCCAUGUGAAAGGGAACCAAAAAGAAGUGAAUGUAUAUAAAUCUGAGGACUCACUUGGUCUCACCAUUACAGAAAAUGGAGCUGGCUAUGCUUUUAUAAAGAGAAUUAAAGAUGGUAGCCUAAUUGACGCAGUUAAAACCAUCUGUGUGGGGGAUCAUAUUGAAUCCAUAAAUGGAGAAAAUAUCACUGGGUGGCGUCAUUAUGAUGUUGCAAAAAAAUUAAAGGAAUUAAAAAAAGGUGAAUCCUUUACCUUGAAGUUAAUAGAGCCUAAGAAGGCAUUUGAAGUAGAGCCAAGGUCAAAAGCUGGAAAAUCAUCAGCAGAAAAAAUUGGUACUGGAAGAGAGACACUUCGCCUGAGAUCAAAGGGUUCUGCCUCCAUGGAAGACAUGCCCUCCGAAACCAAGACAAAAGCAAUUGAAAAGAUUGAUGAUCUUCUUGAAUUGUACAUGGGAAUUCAAGAUAUCGAUUUAGCUACCACAAUGUUUGAAGCUGGAAAGGACAAAGGUAAUCCAGAUGAAUUUGCUGUGGCACUUGACGAAACUCUUGGAGACUUUGCGUUCCCAGAUGAAUUUGUCUUUGAUGUUUGGGGAGUCAUUGGUGAUGCGAAACGAGAAUGACGAUGACAUGGAUGAUCCGUCUCUGGAGAAAUGAACAUUCUUUUAAAAAAUAUCCACAGGAUCUGAUUUUUAGGCACUGUUACAGACUCUGGUUUGGUCUGAUGUAUAUGGAAUACAUUCUUUGAAAUACACUUUUGGUUUCUGGGUACCUUUUAAUGUGGUUCCAGAUGUGGUAUGCUUAAAAUAAAUCACCUAAAAUAUGA